UGGUUAGCCAUUCCUAGUGAAUGGUUUUCAAUGAAUUCUCCGCCAGCUGGAAGCACGAUCUGGUUGGGGUGGAGCUGUUCCAAUUCUGGCGUCUCCCCCCCCCCCCAAAACAAAAUCACGUCGUAUCACGGUGCAACACAUCAGCAGACUCUGUGCUUACAGCCUCUACAAGGGGAGGCAGUAGCUCUUCGACAAAAGACCUGCAAGGCCUAUGGAGCCUCUCGGAAGGGUAGGUGCCGGUGUGUGCAAAGUGGGUUAAACUCCUCGCUUUGCAUUGAAGGCUGCCCCCGGUCUGACGUAUGAGAGCGCCUUUUGGGGGGCUCUGAAUGGAGAAUGGCGGAUGCGGAUUCCAUGAGCUCGCCGGCUGCCUCUCCCUUUCUGGGGCUGCACAUCACCUCGCCUCCCAAUUUCAGGUUAACCCAUGACAUAAGCUUGGAGGAGUUUGAAGAUGAAGACUUGUCAGAAAUAACAGAUGAAUGUGGGAUUAGUCUGCACUGUAAGGAUGGCCUGGCUACAAGGUCUCAUGUGACCCUGGAGACCAAUAAUGCUGCGACAACAAGCGGAAAUGAUCCCUGCACUAUCCAGGCAGAGAUGCUGCAGCUCGACCUGAUUGAUGCUGUUGAUAUCGAGGAAGAGGACAACGGUCCUCUGAAAGAAUCUAAGCCUGUCAGCAUGGCAUCUUACAAACCCAAGCGGCCCACGACCUUGAAUCUUUUCCCACAAGUUCCUCGUACUCCGGAUACGCUGAACAACAACUCAUUUGGUAAAAAGUACAGCUGGCAAGAAAAGGUCUCCCAAUCAUCAUCCCCACUCAAAACAGGAGAUGUGACUCCCACUCACGGAUGCCUCGGAGAUGAGGUGAAACCAGCAAGUGGCACCACUGACAAAGGGACAUCAACUUCCCAGGUCAGCACCUGCAGGCGGGCGCCAACAGGACAGAGCGAGAUUGCAGCUUCCAAAGCCACAGGAUGCUCUGUGACAGCGACUGCCUCUAACCAGCGGGCGAAGGAUAACGAAAGCCUACAUGAUGAGCACAUCCAGUACCAAACACAGGUGCCAAUUGAGGCGACUGAGGAGAUCUACCUAACUCCGGUGCAAAGGAACUCUGACUCGUCUGAAAACGAGAAACCUUUCCUCUCUCAGUCCAAUGAGAACCGCAUGUCCAUCAGCUCAGAUGUGGACUUUGCCCCCUGCCUGACCCUGCCGGGGAACCCAAAACCAUCCAUCAGUGAAGAGGACGAAGUGCUCUCCUGCCUUUCCACAUCCCAUAGCUGCUCACUGCCACGAACCUCGCUCAAUGCAGAGCAGCUCUGUCCACGGACCUCAGUCAGCUCCGACAGUGCGCUGUCCUAUGACUCUGUUAAAUACACUCUGGUUGUGGAUGACAACAUGCAGUUGGAGCUGGUGAGCCUAAAGCACUGUUACUCAGGGUACAGUGAUGACAGCGAUUCAGCAACCGUCUAUGACAACUGUGUUACGUCGCCGUACGAGUCUGCAAUUGGGGAGGAAUACGAGGAGGGUGUGCCGAACAGGGACUCGAUCUGUCUGUCAGAAGACUCCACGCCAGAAGCAGAUAUUCCUUUCUCCAAGAAAUUCCUCAACGUUUUUAUGAGUGGAAGAUCAAGGACAUCCAGUGCAGAAUCCUUUGGAUUAUUUUCAUGUACAAUAAAUGGAGAAGAAAAAGAUCAAACACACAGAGCAGUAUUCAGAUUCGUGCCUCGACAUGAUGAUGAGCUGGAGUUAGAGGUGGAUGACCCUCUCCUCGUAGACAUGCAGGCUGAUGAUUACUGGUACCAUGCCUACAAUAUGCGAACAGGUGAAAGAGGAAUCUUCCCAGCAUACUAUGCACUUGAAGUCAACAUGGAACGAGGACAGUUUGCAGCAGCAGUAGCAGAAAAGAAUGACUGGGUGGAUAAAUUCCAUCUGAAAUUCUUGGGUUCAGUCCAAGUGCCAUACCAUAAAGGGAAUGAUGUACUGUGUGCAGCCAUGCAGAAGAUUGCAACAACAAGAAGAUUGACUGUCCAGUUCAACCCUCCCUCUUGCUGUGUCCUGGAGAUCAGUAUGCAAGGAAUUAAAAUAGCUGUACAACUCGAUGGACAUGGAGUCUACGAGAAGGCCAGUAAAUGCAGUCACUUUUUUCAACUGAAGAACGUUUCUUUCUGCGGGUAUCAUCCAAAGAACACCAAAUAUUUUGGAUUUAUUACCAAACAUCCUUCAGACCAUCGAUUUGCUUCCCAUGUUUUUGUCUCUGAGGAUUCAACCAAACCAAUAGCUGAAUCAGUGGGGAGGGCCUUCCAGCUAUUCUACAAAGAAUACAUUGAAUACACCUGUCCAACAGAAGACAUUUAUCUGGAGUAGAAGCCUCUGAGCUGUGGGUGUUGCUCUGAACUCCUCGCGGUCUCCUUCUCAAACUCACCAUGAUGCAUGAACAUACUGAGCCAGAGGUCCUAUAUCAUGAUCCAGAACUAUACAGCAUCUCAUUUGAAACAUUUUACCUAUUGUUACUUUUAGCCAUGUUACACGGGUUGACAGCAUUCUCCAUCUGACAGCAUCCUGCCUCUUAUCCCUCUUCUCUGCAAAUCCGGUCCCAUCUCAUGUUUCAUCAUGUCAUGGCAAAACAGCUCAACUGCUUGCUUCUUAACACCCUUGUGAUGCAUUGGGUACAUACUUGGUGUGAUGGGCCAGAAUUUAAACCUGGCGAAAUAGCAGGACAAAAUGGCACCAAACUACUCGGGAGUUACAAGAUUGUUACAUUGUUACAUUGUAACAAUGACGUUACACUGUAUUCAUUAAUAGUGUUGUGUGUAAAGUUCUUAAACUUUGUUCAUGGAGUGUACAACAUGGUUUAUUUAAAAGUUUGAUGACAGCACCUUCUUCUGCACUUUUCUUUGCACAACAAUCAUUCCUUUUUUUGUUGGGGGGGGGGAAGAAACCUGUACGAUUACCAUCUUCAUUAAAAAGAACAAGUGUUGCUGAAGGUUGCAUGGCAUCAUGGGUGACAUCAAACUAUUCAAUUAUCAAUUGCUGCACAGUCCUUUGCAAAUUCACAAGUGUGUGUGGUACCACAUUACAAUAUAGUUGAGAGCAUUGUUUCAAUUGUGACUGACUAAGUUAAAUUGUGUUUCAUUUACAUGGAAUUUUAGAAUACCAAUUUUGGAUUCUGUUACAAUCCAAGUUGAUGGGCUUGUCGGUCCCAGAAUGAAAGCUGACUUGAUUGAUCUUAAUCUGUAUUUUUGCAGUUUGUUACCAUGGGUUUAGUCAUUGACUAUAUUCACACAAGACUAUCAAUGUUCUUUGAACACAAAUUCAAGUUCAUUGCACAAAAGAAAGGAAAGGAAACAAAGUUUUAUGUUGACAUUUGUAUGUGUGAAUUAAUUUUAAAUGCUAACAUAAAACAAAAAGAAAUUCAACCUUUAUUUCCCCUAGCAAUAUCCUUUUCAGAUAUUCAAUCCCAGAGAAAUAUCACCUCUGUUUUAACUCUUAACUAACUUUUUCUAGUUUUUCUUUUUGGGCUGCUGAAAUAGUUUUACCAUGACUUCCCAGUCAUGAUGGCUUGAACUUCCUCUUAAUUUUAAUGGCUUAAAUCUUUCUUUAUGUCUGAUAACUUGAAAAUGUCCACACAAAAUCUCAUGGUUUGGAGAUUUUACAAAGUGAACCUGCCCUUCUGAUUCGGGUGAACUGCUCUCCUGAACUGAGAAUCUGACUCUUCAACUAGUAUGGAACUGAAAUCUGACUUUGCUGAACUGGACUCAAAGUAAACUACCAGUAGCCUCUAAUCAUUUUGUUUUUCUGUUUGUCAUUAACUCAGCAAUGUAAACUCUAUAUCCUUUAAUAUCACAGGUACCUGACUAGGCACUUGCAAAGUCACAUGCUUUCUUAAAUGAGGUAUUUGGGUCACUUUUUUAAAAAUAAAUUUCUGACCUUUUUAAAAGAAGUGAUUUUAAGCAACUGAAACCAAGAUGUAUCAAUCUCUCUCUUUUUUUUUUGAGAAAAGCCCAAAUUUACCAUGGUAAUAUAUAAUAGACCAUUAUCACAACUCACGUUUCCUGGCUGUAUCUAUUUACAGUUGUACUGUAGUGGCUGAAAAAACCUUCUGUAUUUAUGACCUAGUGUUAUGAUUUGGGGAUUAAAAUUCCUCAAUUCCAGCCAUUUUCCAUUAAAGCUAUGGAUUGUCAAACGAGCAA